AUGCAACAGAGAAGUCAGAUGCUGUUAGAGAAGGCUACAAGCACUUGUAACAGUCAAAGUGUUGAUGAAGAUGGUGUUGAUAUGAAUAAACAUGAAGAUGAAGCUAUGAGAAGAAAAAUGGAGCUUGAAGCUGAAGAAAGGAAACUUGAAGAAACAUUGGAAUAUCAAAGAAGAAUUGAAGAUGAAGCCAAACAAAAACAUUUUGCAGUAGAACAAGAUAAAAGUAACUCAAGAGUACAAGUUUUUGAUGUUUUCAAGAAUCAAACAAAUGGACAUGUGGAAGAUACUUCUAGAAAGAUUAAAGCAAAAGAUGAUGAUGAAAAAAGAUUCCAAGCUGACAUGUCCAAAGUCGUCCGCCAAAGCAUUGAUGUGUUUCAUUCACACUAUGAAGGUGGUGAUCCGUUUGUGACAUGUGCAUUACAUAAUAUAUUUAAAGCUUUAAACACAACUUCUUUAGACUCAAAAUCUCAAGUUGUUUCCCCUACUGCUCUUAGAAUGGCUCUCAACAACUUCUAUCCACAAAGUAGCUUUAUUUCAGGAGAACUCCAUGUAGGUAAGAAUGGUGACUGGUCACAAUCUACAAAUAGCAAGAGUAAUUGCAUUGGAAUGUGGAAUUUUGGUGUCAAUUGCUGA